AUGGAUGAACCUGUCAGCAAAAGAGUGAGCUGCGCUGAAUUCAAAAAGAAUAUGGACCAGCAUGUGGAGGAUGAACUUGGCAAGCUACAGAUCGCAAGCUCCGACCUCAACGAACUCUUCAAACUAAUUGACUUCACAGGUGCUGGAGCCCUGUCGGAGGAGGAGUUCAUCGACGGUUUGAUGCGUAUGAGCCCAUCCCCUGCAAGCAAACGAGAACUGCUGGAAGUACAGCAUGACCUGCACAGGAUGUGGAACAUGCUCUCAGUUGGCCAAGAGAGACUGCGGGAGCAGCUGAACGAACUAAAUGGUAUUGUCAAGGAAUUCCCGUUGCAGCUGUCAACCUUUAUGGACGAGGUGAAGGAGAUGCAUGAGAAGACUUUCGAAGCUUGUGUGUCCGAGCGGGAUGCUUCAGCUCAGAGAUUGACGCAACAAUUUGAAACCAUGUGCUCCAAAUUGCCACAUUUGCAGGAAUACAAACCUGACGAGCAUGUCCAGACUCAGCUAAAGGAGAUGCAGCAAAGCCUGGCUGAACUGAGCACCAGUCGUCUGCACAUUUCGGAGCAGCUGGUACAGGUUCUUGAAGAAAUCCAAGCGCAGCAGUCGGCUAUUGUUGCAACUACGCAGCCAUCUUUGCUGUCCACCUUUGAAGCUCCGAUUCAGGCCGAGACCGAGAAGGAGACGCCAGAGACUGGGAUUGUCACCAAGGUGAACCAACAGACUCAAACUACUCCGUCUGGUGGUGCCGAGUCUCGCGGCUACCAAGCUCAAAUCUCCACUCAGUCCCCUCAGGCCCCAUUUGCGCCCCUCAGUCUGCCCAUGGUCCCGCCAGGGUUUGCGAGCUUCCCAUCCAACGCAUGGCCGGUGGUCCCCUACACUGGGCAGCUGCAGGCAGCAUUGCAGGAGAUGAAAUGGGCUUAUCCAGAUUUGGUCGGACCUCCUUCACCUUAUGCUGAUGAGAGAGUUCGUGUGGUCAAAGUACUACACUGGCUCCAAGCCCAACGCUGGCAACAUUUGCCAUUUGACAGGCUCAUUUUGAGACUAGAGGGUGCUGGUAUACAGCUAAGUGAGGAGGAGCAAGACUUGCUGAAGUGUUGGUUGACGCACGGACCAUCUGGGCAACCACACGAAGAGAUGGUUUGGUGA